AUGGAAAACUUAUCGUUAUCCACACACAGAAUUAAACGAUCCCCAGCAAACCUUAAGCAAAAUGAACUGCGUCUGGUCCUGCUGGGCAGAACUAGUGCAGGCAAAAGUUCAUCAGGAAACACAAUCUUGGGUAAAGAGCGUUUUGAUGCUGAUGUAAGCAUGGGAUCAGUCACAAAAGUAUGCAAGAUGGAACGCGGAAAAGUGGAGGAAAGAAACCUUGUCCUUGUAGACACACCUGGUCUUUUUGACACCAAUCUCAGUGAAGAGAUACUAGAAGAAGAAAUAAUACAUUGUCUGACUUUGUGUUCACCCGGCCCUCAUGUGUUUCUGCUUGUUAUACCAAUAGACCGCUAUACAGAGGAACAACAGCGGGCUGUGGAAAAAAUUCAAGUGAUGUUUCAGCAAGACAUCACAGAUCGCACCAUCAUCAUAUUCUCCUACGCAGAUAAGCUUAAAGAGCCCAUUAAGGAGUUCAUUUCAAAACAAAACCAAAAAAUUCAAGAACUUGUGAAAAUGUUUGGGCAGCGUUAUGUAGCUUUAGACAACAACAACCCAAUAAAUCGACAUCAGGUCGCUCAUCUCCUGAAGACAGUGGAUGAGUUGCUGGUUCAGUAUGACAACAAGCCCUUCACCAAUAAGGUGACAGAGGUAGUGGUGAAGGCCAAAGAAAUUAUAGAUGAAAGAAGAAUGAUAAAUAUUAAGGCGGAGGUACAGAAAAUGGCUGAUGAUCGUUGGGCUGAGUUCAUGGCUGACAUGAGUAAAGACAGACAGGAUUCAGAGAUAAAAAAGAAGAGUGUACAGAGCAAUAUUAAUCUGAUAGAGUUUGACAUUAAAAAGGAGGAACAGAAUGUGAAACCCAUCCCAAAACAACUGAUACAGUUGCAAACAUCUCUGGAGAAGGAGCAGAUGAACCUCAGAAGACUUGAGGAGGAGGAGAUGGAGAGAGUGGAGCAAGAGCAGAGGGAAAAAUAUAUUUUGAAGAGAUGGGUGCUUGAGGAGCAGAAUAAGAGACUGAAUGAGAACCCUAAUAAGGAUUCAAAUUACAACAAAAUGAUCUUUAAUCUCACUCUUUUACUGUUAGGGAUUGGGAUUGGGACAUUCGCACCUUAUCUUUUGGGAUUUCUGUACCCUUCCAUUCCAGCUGUAGCAGAAGCUGGGGCAGCAACACAAAUUUUAGCAAAGUUGCUAAAUUUGGGAGUAAGCGGCGGAGUUUUUCUUUUGGAGGCCUAUAGGGUUUCAUUGAUGAGCCGGUGUAGCAUUCAAUAA